AUGCCACUUGUAUUAAUGAAUGACUCGGACCCCAAAGGCCCCCGGCCUCGGAACUUUGUUGCUGCGAAAGUUAAUGACAUCACCGACCCUUUUCUAGUUCUCGGUCCCCGGUAUGUUGAUUACGACGUCCUCUCGGAUCUUAAACUGCUUGCUCGGUUCAAACGGCAUGUGACGAAUCUUAACUUGUCGAAAUAUGUAUCUGUUCGGGCCGAUGCUUACGUGAAACUUUGUUGGGAGUUCUACACCACAUUCAAACUUGAAGAGAAGGAUACUAUUGUAGUCAAAGCACGGCCUGUAACGGCACGUGAGUUAAUCCACGCGGAACUUGCUUCUAAUCGCUACAAUUUCAAACCACAUCACGACCGGAAAUGCGUUAAAGCUUAUAUCGAACGGAUGGAAGUCUACCACAAGGGCCAAGUUGCUACAAAUGCCGAACAAAUUGACCGUGAAGUACUCCUCCACUCCGAACACCACCCCGAAGCAACCGAGCACCAAGAGCCGAUCACCGAUAAAUCGGCCGAUGUUCCCGAGGGCCAACCAAAUUCUGAAGAGACACCUCAUCCGGAGGGGCCCCACGGCACUGCCUCGACAACUCCAUGUCCACCACCACCGACCGGCCCUUCCGCAACCACCGAUUAUGGCAAUCAA